CCCUGAAAACCUGGACACAACAAGUUCGCACUCUGUCCUAAGAACAUUGAAGGUUUUUGAAGGUAAAAUAUAAACUUUUUGGCAAAAAUACCACGCAAAAUCCUCCUCCAGCAAAUUUCGCCAAAAUGCCCAAGGAACCAAAGUGGACCACGGCCGAUAUCCCUCCUCAGGACGGAAAAUUAGUCGUGGUUACCGGCGCUACGGGCGGACUUGGAUAUGAAACCGCCCUUGCCCUCGCAGCAGCCGGUGCCACGGUCAUUCUCGCCGGUCGGAAUGAAACUAAGGGAAAAGAAGCCAUGGAGAAAAUCUAUGCGGCUGUUCCCAACGCUAAAAUUGCCUUUGGUUUAGUCGACCUAGGAAGUCUGGCUUCCGUUCGUUCGUUUGCCACCAAAUUUCUCUCCCACCACCAAGUGCUGGACCUACUCGUGAACAACGCUGGGAUCAUGACGCCUCCAAAGCGGGUGACGACAAGUGACGGAUUCGAGAUGCAAUUUGGAACGAACCACUUGUCUCAUUUCGCUUUAACGGCUCUUCUCCUGCCGGCCUUGAAGAGAAGCGCGGCGCCACGCGUGGUCACCGUGUCCAGUGGGGCGGCCCAAACGGGGAAGAUCCACUUUGACGAUUUGCAAUGGGACAAGCAGAAAUAUUGCGCCUGGUUGUCCUACUCCCAGUCGAAACUGGCAAAUCUUCUGUUCACCUUUGAACUCCAGAGGAAAAGCGACAUGGCCGGAUGGGGCAUUCUCUCCACAGCGGCACACCCAGGAUAUGCACGAACCGACCUGAUCGCCAAUGGACCCGGAGAACCAAACCGGAUCAUGAAGGCGUUGCAACCUUUGGUGUCCCAAUCAGCGGCGGAGGGGGCGCUCCCCACCUUGUUUGCGGCAGUGUCACCGGAAGCUAAACCUGCGGGAUUUUACAGUCCGCAAGGCACGUUGGAAAUGAAGGGACCACCAGGACCGGCAAAUGUACCAAGUGCUGCAAAAGAUGUCGAGGUUGCGAAAAAAUUGUGGGAUGUUUCUUGCGAGUUGACGGGAGUAACGUGGGAGUAAAGGUUUUGGGGUGGGCUUUUUUAAUUAUAUUGGCAAAUAAUUUGGUAAUUUGACCGUAUUUCAUGUUAGUUUAUGAACACACGUGUGUAUCACAUUGAUCUGUGUAGAAUGCACUAAAGUUGAAUAAACUGUUCAUUUACUUUCCAAAUUA